CAAUCUAAAAUUUUAUAAAUAAUAUGAUUUUUUAUAAUAAAUACAAGUUUCGAAUAUAAAAGUGCAAGUGAUAAUUAAUCGAUUAACCGAAAUGGAACAAAAACCAGCCAUUGAUUUGGUUUUAUUGGCCGUAUCUUCACUAUACAACAAUCCAAAUACAACUGAAAAAGAAAGGGCCUCGCAAUGGCUAGGAGAUCUACAAAAAUCCGUCCACGCGUGGACGGUGGCGGACGAAUUGCUGCAUCACAAAAGAGACUUGGAGUCGUGUUACUUCGCUGCCCAAACGAUGCGCUCGAAAAUACAGCAAUCCUUUCACGAGCUACCCCCGGAAGCGCACUCCUCUCUGCGAGACUCCCUUUUGGAGCACAUUGCCCAAAUCAACGAACAAACCAACACGAUCAUCGUUACGCAGUUGUGCGUCGCUUUGGCCGAUCUGGCGCUGCAGAUGCCCACCUGGCCGCGGGCUUCGCUGGACUUGAUCACCAAGUUCUCUUCCACCAACAUGUGGCCGCUUUUAGAAAUUUUGACUGUGUUACCUGAAGAAUUAGAAAAUAGAUCUGUGAGGCUAGGCGAGAACAGGCGACUAGACGUCCUGAACGACUUCAAAAGUUGCUCGACAACAAUUUUAGAGUUUUUAAAGCAUUGCGCUAACACCUACACGGAUAACUCGCAAGAAAACGUGCAGGUGAACAUUAAAAUCCUACGGUGUUUCACUUCGUGGGUUUCCGUCGGCGCCUUCGAGCUCUCCGAGUUGGGAAACAACAUCGUGAUCAACAGAGCGUUCGGUAUUUUAACCUACAAACCUGAGGGGGAGAAACAGACUGUUGGGGGCGCGCUGCACAGCGCCGCUACUGAUUGCAUUUGCACUCUAUUGCAAUGUUUGGAGGAUAAUAAUAACCAGCAGAUACUGGAGACGUACUUGUUUAAUAACGUUAUUAAUUUAGAGGUGGCAUACCACAUGUCUGUAGCCAACGAAGAUCAGGAUAAGUCCAUUAAUUACUGUAGGGUUUUCACCGAGUUGGCCGAGUCGUUUCUGGAAAAAAUCAUAAUGAAUAGCAACAAUAAAUCGCAACAUUACGCGAUGAAAGUUCUAGAUUUAGUGCUAAUUUGCGUGGGGCACCACGAUUACGAGGUAGCAGAAAUAACUUUCAACUUGUGGUACGUUUUGAGCGAGGAUUUAUACCAGAAAAACAACAAGGAAAUUACCGAAAUGUUUCGACCUUACGUCGAACGAUUAAUAACGGCUCUAUGCAGACACUGUCAAAUGGAGCCGGAUCACGAAGGUUUGCUGGAAGACGGAGACGAUUUUAAAGACUUCAGGCUGAAAGUAUCUGAUCUAAUCAAGGAUGUGGUGUUCAUAGUAGGGUCAAGCAGUUGUUUCAGACAAAUGUUUAUCAACCUGCAAACGCCUGGAGUCACGUGGGAGUCCAGCGAAGCUAGUCUAUUUGUUAUGCAGGCCGUCGCCAAAAAUAUAGUACCUACUGAGAACGAGGUGGUUCCCAAAGUGGUCGAAGCUAUCCUCUCUCUGCCGGAAACAACGCACAUUUCCGUGAAAUACACCUCGGUUCUGCUGCUGGGCGAGCUGUGCGAGUGGAUAGAAAAGCACGCCAACACGUUGGACCCCAUCCUGAACUUUUUGGUUUGCUGUUUGCCGCAGCAGGGCAUUGGCGCUGCUGCUGCUAUAGCCCUGCAAAACAUCUGCGCGACCUGCAACGAUCACAUGCCUCGACAUGUUCCGAUCAUGUUGCAGCUUUUGCAUCAAGUUGAUACGUUUGCCAUAACCAACAACGCAGUCAUAGGAUUACUUAAAGGUGUCGCCUCUAUAAUAGGUUGCAUGAACCCGCCUGAACUAACCACCGCUCUUAGAGAAUUAUGUUCGAUGCAAAUGAACCCGAUCUGUCAGCUUAUAGAGCAAGACGUGGUUCCUGUAAAAGGCACCAAAACCGACCCUGUACUCUGGUUGGAUCGACUCAGCUCCGUACUUAGACACAUCUGCUGCAAGAACAACCAAAGCGAUGGUCCUCAUCCGUGCAAAGAGGUAGUUUUGGAGAUAUGGCCGAUUUUAUCGCGCACUUUUGAUAAGUACGACUCCGAUCUGCGCAUAAUGGAGCGCUGUUGCCGCAGCGUUCGCUUUAUGCUGCGCUGCGUGAGCCAGCAGGUGCGCGAGAUAUUGGAGAGCUUGGUGGGGCAAAUAGUGCGCAUCUACUCGCACUUCAAGCAUUCGUGUUUUUUGUAUGUCGGCAGCAUUUUGGUCGAUGAGUACGCCGCUGAUGCCAGCUGCGUGCAAGGGCUUUUGGACAUGUUGCACGCUUUUAUCGAGCCGACUUUUCUAGUUUUGCAGGAAGAGAAUGGUUUAAGGAUGCAUCCGGAUACUGUUGAUGACUUUUUCAGACUGUGCGCCCGUUUUCUGCAGCGCGCCCCCGUGGCGUUCCUGCAGUGCCCUUCGUUGGUGCACAUCCUGCAGUGCGCACUUUUAGCCUCCUCUUUGGACCACAAAGAGGCCAACAUGUCGGUGAUGAAGUUCUUCUACGAUUUGAUCAACCAGGCGCAGACCGACCGGUCCAAGGCCGACUACAAGCAACGCAAGGACCUCGUGCAUCGCGUUUUAGAAGAGUACGGCCAGAAUUUGGUCAACAAUUUGCUGCACGCGUGCGUCUUCUACCUGCACUCCUACAUGCUUAGCGAGGUGGCUGACGUGUUUGUGCAAUUAUUAGAUUUUAACAGAGAAACAACUGGAAAAUGGCUGGCAAAUGGUUUAGAUCAGUUGCCGGUGCAAAGUAACGGUGGUAUAGUUACGGCAACGCCGCAACAAUUGAAAGAUAUACACGCAUCUAUUACGAGAUCUGACACCUCAAAAUCGGUAACACACGCUUUAAAAGAAUUAACCCGACUGUACCGUUAGUGACGUAAAUAGUUAAAUAUAUCAAAAUAUAUUAAAGAAUAAAAAAACGAUAAAUAUCUUUGUAAAAUAUAUGACACUAUACAAUAUAAGUUUUAUAUUAUUUUCCAAUGUUGAAUAAAU